UAUGUAACUUUUGUUAUUUUAAUCUCAACGUAUAAUUGGAAACAAUGAAAUUCACAACUGCGUUAUUCACAAGGAUGGCCUAUUGGUCUAAAAAAUAUUCGAAUUUACCGGAUCGUUACAUAGACCGUGUCACCGAACAAGUGUACUGGAGGACGCCUCGUGGGAAACCACAAUAUUUGCCACGUACAAUAAAACGCGAUAAACUUUAUUUUUCCAUUCAUCGACCAUGGACACAAGGUUUUCAAUUGGAUAACAAACCUCGCAAAAACAAACAAUUUAUUCACGUCGAACCCAUUAAAGAUUGGAGUUUUUUCCGCGGAGAUCGUGUAGAAGUAUUAGUUGGUGUUGAUAAAGGGAAACAAGGAUUAGUAAGAGAUAUCAUACAAGAGAGAAAUUGGAUUAUCGUCGAAGGACUUAAUACUAAAUUAGUGUGCAUGGGCAAAACUAAAACCUUCCCUGGUAUUUAUUCUCGUCAGGAACAGCCUCUGUUGGUACCUUCUCAAGUUCAAUUGGUGGAUCCUUUUGACCUAAAAGGUACCCAAAUAGAAUGGCGAUACACAAGCGAAGGUGAUUACGUGCGAGUUUCUUGUAGAACCGGUAAAAUAAUUCCAAUUCCUGAAUCGGUGAAGGAAACAGUAGAUUAUAAAUCCCCCGAAUUAUACAAAGAACAAGCUAAGGACACUCUGGCAGAUGACGUGAAGGAGGUAACAUUUGAGGUUAAAUUGAAAACGUUUGAAAUGGAUAUUAUGGAUAAGAUGGGUAUUAAAGAGGAUCGCGUGCCAAAAAAAUAUUUUUGGUAUUGAUUUCCUAUGGUAAUUCCCUUAGGUUCAUAAAUGUUUGUAUCAUAUAAGCAAAAUCUUUGUUGAAUUUAUACAAAUAAAUGUUUAACUCCACAUACCUUGAAA